AUGACCUCCGCGUUCGACGUUUGGCGCGUCCCCGUCGCGCAAUGGGCCUGCAUGCAGCUCAUCACUGCCAUGGCCGUGGGAUUGACUCCGUCUCGGUCGCCAUUAAGGUCCGUGGCUGCAGUCAUGAUCAUCGCUCUGGCGUGUGCGUUUCAACACCAGAUCAGUCGCGGCGUCGGAGACAUGAGAAUCGGGGGCCCGAUGACAGCGAACUGCUGGGUGAACGUGAUGAACGCGAUGGACUUGCUAGUGCUCAGUCGAAUCUCCUACGAAGGCCAAGUGACAUGGGAGAAAAAGACAGGCGCGAAGAUCAACCGCUCUGGAAGUAUUUUGGAACGCGUUCUCUGUUCCGUCAGCGCCGCGUUCAAUUAUCGUCGCAUCAACACCCCCUGGCAGAUCAACAAGCUGCCUCGGUUCGACGAGACGGAUCCCUCGUACGUUCCGUCCCGUGGGAGAUUUUUCCUCGUCGGCACCGCGAAGGCCGUUUGGGGAGUUGUUCUUCUGGCGCUGUUUACGGUCGAGACGAGCGAUCCGCAUCUACCGGCUGCGAUUGACGCCUUGCCGCGCGAUGAGUUGGUCUUGUUGCCUUGGGUGUAUGCUGCGUCGGCGAGGAGACUGCUUCUGCUGAUUGCUUUUACCACCUCAUUCGCCAUCUGUUGCAGGGCGUUCACGCUGGCGGUUUAUAACUCCGGCGCCGUAAUCGCAGUUGGCUUGGGGAUCCAUGAUCCCAGCGCGUGGCCUCCUUUUUCCGGCUCGUUGCUGCACGGCUGGUCAUUGCGCCGAUUAUGGGGAAUCUCGUGGCAUCAAUCACUGCGCGCUCUUCUUUCCUCAAACGCCGACAUGAUCGCGUCAAGCGUCCUGUGUAUCCCGCGCAGCUCUAAAUGGGUCGUGUACCCGCGUCUCGUCAUUGCCUUUACGCUGUCCGGUCUGUUUCACUCAGGCAUGGACGUUGCGUUCGGCAUCAAUUGGGAAGAGAGCGGCGCUAUUUGGUUCUUCAUGAUGCAGGCAGUGGGGAUCCUUGUCGAGAGCGCCUUUCAGCAUGUCUGCAGGGGAUGGAUCGGCCGUUUGAGUCCAGUCGUUCGUCGUGGACUAGGCUAUGUCUGGGUCUGUAUCUUUCUGUUGUGGACCACGCCUGUGUGGAUGAUCCCGAUGGUGAGGUCUGUUUUUGCGGACGGGACGCCUGUUUUCUCGCCGUUUUUGAUGUUUAAGAGUUGGGCUGUUUAG